AGCAUCUCGAGUAUAAAUAGGAGCUAGUGUCUAAGAGGAUCCAUCAGAUCACUUAAGCUUACCUCCGUGAUAACACAAUCUGCCCAAAAAUAGUUAAAAAUGAAAUUCGCUAUUGUUGCAUGCGCCCUUCUGGCCGUUGUUGCUGCCGACAAACUCACUGGAACUGAACAAGUGCCCAUCCUUAGGAAUGACCAAGUUGUAAACCCUGAUGGAACUUACCAGUAUGCCUAUGAGACCGGCAAUGGAAUUGUGGCUGAAUCACAGGGCUUCCUUAAGAAUGUUGCUCCUGAAGUUGAUGCCCAGGUUGCCCAAGGUCACUUCGGAUACACCUCUCCCGAAGGCGAGGCCGUCAGGUUGACCUACGUUGCCGAUGAGAACGGAUACCAGCCAACUGGUGACCACCUCCCAGUACCACCCCCCGUGCCAGAGGCCAUCGAGAGGGCCGUUAAAUACUUGUUGUCUCUGCCCCCACAGACCACCAGCACCAAGUAAAUCAACCACCAAACCUCUUUCACAUCCCAAGCAUCCGAAUGUAAAUAGAGAAUGAUACAAUCCCUUCCCAGACGCAAUCCUACAAAAGAACCACCCCACAAUCCUCAGCAAUAGCUUGUUCCUAAAAGUCAUAAUAAAAUAGGUAAAAAAAAACAUAAAA